AGAAAGUGUAAAUGGGGUACGAGAAGCAAAGUUUCGACCAUUCAGGGCCAUCACAGCUAACUUCCAUUGAUUGGCAGAAUACUCAACAUCAAAGGUCUGUUGCUGCAUGUUUGGUUCAGGGUGUCUAUGUUGUUGAGCGGGACCGCCAAGAGGAACGUGAAGGGCCCCAAGCCCUUGCUCCUCCUUGGUGGGAGUUCUUCCAUUUUAAGUUGCUCCGCAAGCUUGUGGAUGAUGAUGGUUCCUCAAUCUUUGGUGCCAUUUAUGAAUUCAACUCCCCAGUAGAGGGAAUACCUCGUUUUGUAAUUGCCUUCCGAGGCACCUUGUUGAAGAAAAGCACAAUCUUAAGAGAUCUUGAUUUGAAUGUUCGGGUGCUCCGAAAUCAACUUCACCGGACAUCUUGCUUUGAGAUUGCUAUGCAAGCUGUCUGGAAUAUGGUUGAUGCAGCAGGUGAUUCAAAUGUUUGGUUAGCUGGCCAUUCCUUAGGGUCAGCCAUGGCAAUGCUUGCUGGAAAAACUAUGGCUAGCAAUGGCAUUUCCCUCAAAUCUUUUCUCUUCAAUCCACCAUUUCCGUCUGCCCCGAUAGAGAGGAUGAUUGAGGACAAGAGAGUGAAACACGGGAUUCGGAUUGCAGGCAGUGUGAUUACAGCAGGCCUCACUCUUGCUAUGAAGGCUAAACAACAACCACAACAGAGAAGUCAUUCAGAAGAAAACCCUUUCACUACUCUGUCUGCAUGGUUCCCUGGUCUAUUUGUCAAUCCAGCUGAUGACAUCUGCUCCGAAUAUAUCGGGUAUUUUGAACAUAGGAUGAAGAUGCAGGACAUUGGAGCAGGAGCCAUUGAGAGGUUAGCAACCCAGAAUUCUCUUGGGGGUCUACUAAUGCAUGCAAUGGGAAAGCAGCCAGCGCCGGAGCCUCCAUUGCACCUCAUUCCUUCUGCAAACCUGACAGUUAAUUUGACCCCGUCACGGGAUCUCAAAGAAGCCCAUGGAAUUCACCAAUGGUGGAGAGACGAUCUGCAACUCCAGUCUGAGGUUAACGAAUACAGAUAG